AUGACCAAACCACAGCCCCUUGAGGUUAGGGCUGAAUCUGUGUCGUGGCUAGAGUUAUUUUCGCAGCAUGAACUGAACCUGAACAAUCAUCUCAAGAUAUGUGGGAUGGUAAAACAACAUGUUCUCACCGACAGUCCCACGUCCCGCGCCCUCUCGUCCAUGGUAGAUCGAACACAGGAGCUGUUGAGACAGCUGGAGGACAUGCGGACUGAAUUUAUGCCGCAGCACGCAGCAAGUAGAAUCAUCUCUGGGAAACCCAUAAACAGAGUUAACGAACUGAGGGCGAUGAAUAGAAAUGCGGACCCUUCUGCAUAUGGUCCUCUGCCCACGCCAUCCAGUGCGCAAGGCGAAUAUAUUCCAACUUGCCUUUCUGGAGAAGAUGCAGCUGGGGCACCGCCGCCACCCUUUGUAUUUGACAAGCAACCUGCCCAAAUAUCCCUCCCACAUCACCUGAAAAGGGGCAAAAGGCGUUUCUUGGAUUAUGAUGAGAUGGGUGAAGGGGACGGCGAACUCACUACGACAACUGGACCCGCUAGCAAACGGAAGAAGCGCCUCUCAUCCGGUCGCGGUGAGGCUGGUGAUUGGGAGAAUGCGUAUGCAGCUUCCACUACCCGUCGCGUGGAAACAGAGGACAUAUCAGCAGAGGUCGAAGCGCGACUUAGAGAGAAAGAAGAGAGGCGCCGUCGCAGGGGAGAGAAAAGGGAGAUGAAGAGAAAGAGGAACUCCUCAGGCUCGACAUUUGGGGGAGCUGGGGAGGGAGCCGCCGUGACUCCCCCUAUGACGGGAUAUGAGGAGAAAACACGCGAGAAAAGGAGAGGAUCUAGCGGAUCCCACGACGCCAGCAGCAGUGACUACAGGGGAAGCUACGAUGGAGCAAUGCACAAGAGGCAGAGGAGGUCAUGA